AUCUCCUACCUUCUCCUCCUUCCUCCUCUACACGCAAAGGACUAGCAAUACAACCAAGAUGGACAAUCAUAUAACUGAAUAGCAAAGCCAGCACCAAUGGAACCCCCUCCAGUCUCCAGACGCCACCAAAGCAUCGACCAGCCAUGGGAUUACUCAACAAGACCUCCAAGCAGACAGCCAAACUCAAGUCCCUUCUCGGAGUCGCCGUCUCCCGCAUCGCCGUCGUCCGCCGGCCUCGUGCCGCUCGUAAGUCCAUUGCCCGCAGCGAUGUCAGCCAGCUCCUCGCCCUUGGCCACUUGGACCGCGCUCUCCACCGCGCUGAGCAGGUUAUACAGGAAGACAACAUGUUGGAGGCAUUCGACAUCAUAGAGCUCUACUGCAAGCGUCUCAUCGAGCAGGCUCCACAGUUGGACAAGCCCCAGGAGUGCGGCGAAGAGUUAAGGGAAGCGGCAGCCGGCAUCAUGUUCGCUGCAGGGUGGUGCGGCGAUCUGCCGGAGCUGCUGUUUGCCCGUACCAUCCUCGCGGACAAGUUCGGCAGCAACUUCGCUGUGGUGGCCAAGGAGGGCGCCGGUGUUGUGGAUCCCAUAUUGGCAUGGAAGCUGUCCGGAAACACAAGCAGCAUGGAACUGAAGAAGAAAGUGACCGAAGAGAUUGCUGCCGAGAACAAUAUGUCAGUGGACUUCUCUGAGCUAAUAGAAGAAACCGAGGAAGACAACAUCAACGCUCCAAACUGCCAGGAGCUCGACGACCAAAUGCCAUGCCAGGACAACACGGAUGAAAGUUCAGAGUCAGACGACGGCCAUCCUCACUCACACAAGACGAAUACUUCCGGGCUGGAGAGCGAUGAGAAUAUGCAUGGCAUUUCCAACUCCGAUGGAUCAGAUGAUGAGGUGGUAGGACAGCGGAACCGAAGGUGGUGGCACCUUGGGUGUGCAUGAGGAGAUGACCCUCCACUGCAUCUGGCUAAAAUUGUAUCAAUCUGGGUGGGGCAGUGCCAUUUGCACAUCCCAAUAUCACCAAGUCAUGAAUAUACAGGCUUCCAACAAAAAUGGGUUAUGAAUACACACAGGCUAAAUGUGUAAAUUAAAUUAUCAAACAAUAUGUCAAUGUCCAACCAAAUGUAUCAUCUCAACAGAAAUGCCAAAUCAGGUUUAUCCUAUGGCCAACCGGCAACCACAGUCGCACAAAAAAAAAACCACAUUGCUGCUCACUCCUGGAUCACCACCCUUCAUCAGCUUGAUGAUGUUUGGUGCUCUACACAUCUUUAAUGACGAUACCACUAUGUUACCCAGCCUAUCUUUCACUUUAUGCUAUGCAAGUAUUUUGUAAACGUUCUGUGUACACGUAUUUACAAAUUCCAAUAUUAUGUGUUUGGUUUAA